AUGUUGAAAUUUACUCUUUACACCUUGUGCAUCCUUUCGGCGACCGAAAGUUUAAAGGUAGUGUUUGAGAACUUUAAGCAACUUACCGGGCACAAUAUAGUAGAUUGUGAUAUUCGUGUGCGCAAGUUCAACCGCACAAUGACGGUGCUGAACGGAUCGUUCGUCGUUCAGACUUGGCUAAACGACUCCAUCGAGGUUUCGGUCGAUCUCUUUCAUAGUCGGCUUGGUAAUCAGCAGUUCAAUCACUACCCAAUGAAGCUACCAUCGUGCGGUUGCUGUACCUUUUUCGACAACCUGCAAACGAACUAUGGGAAGCAGACGAAGUCGAUAACCAACCUGCCGGCAAUAGGCGAGUGUCCGAUGUCGCCCCGCACGGUCCAUAUGAUCGAUUUUGCCUUCCCGCAAGAGGUCGUGUCACAAGUGAUGCCGAGAGGGCUUUGGAAGGCGCUGGUAACCGCUCGGCUGAAUGGGAAGGUAGUGGUGACGUACUAUUUUCUCGUGAAAGGGUACGAUGAUUUUUAAACAGGAG